AUGCGUCUCUCUGCAGCUCUGUACUCCCCAACACACCCUUGGCUCGCAUGCUUGAAAUCAGCACAAUUGCAGCGCAUCGCGCGCGCAACGGGUAUCCAAUCGUCCGGUACGAAGGGUGUUCUUAUUGAGCGCAUUGCAGCGGAGUUGACGUUGCAUUCACAGUCACAGUCACAGUCACAGUCACAGUUGCAGUUACAGUUGCAGUUACAGUUGUCGGCUGCUGCAGAUAGUGAUAAUGUUGCAGAGGGUGUCAUCACUAGUAGUCCCAACCCCAGUACCACUACCAAUGCUAGCGAUAGUGCCAACACAAGCAUAAGCCAAGAUCGACCUGUCGAUCGGCGGGUGUCAAACAAAACACGCUCAAAGACAAAGAACAAUAUUGAUAUGGGUGUUCAGAACCUCGCAUUCGCACAUCUGCGAGUGCCCCGAUCUCGAUCUGGGAUCCAGGGUAUCGGGAUAGACACAGCAAACCCCAGACCGCCAGAGUUAACAGCCUGGCGCAAACUUGCUAUUUCUGAGAUAUCAAGUUUGAACUUGAUCCCCGGGGAUAAUACCAGUAUAAUCAAACCCGAAGCUGCUGAAACAAUACCAGGAUCUGGUGACUCCACCGAAUCAUCACAGGCCGUCCUCCCAUUAGGAACGGGAAAAGACCUGCCUGUCAAGGUUAAGAUUGCCAAACCUACAAAAGAUCAAGAUUCCUUCUCCCCAGACCUCUAUGCUGCAAAUGCAUACACCCUAAUCUCAUCACUCAUAGCCGCAUACCGCCCCACGCACGUGCUCAUAGAGCGCCAGCGCUUCCGCUCAGGCGGUGGGAGUGCCGUUCUUGAAUGGACGCUGCGUGUUGGCCUCUUGGAGGGGAUGCUGUAUGCGGUUCUGCAUACGCUACGACAGGAGAGGGGCGGGGAGGUUGCGGAUUUGGUUGUUCGAGGUGUUGAGCCGAGACGAGUAGUCCGGUAUUGGCUUGAGGGUGGUUCUGGGCCAUCGAUUCCAGGGAAAGGAGACGUGAGUGAGAAACCCGAAGUCGGGGAAAAGGUCAAGGAGAAAAGGCCCAAUGCGCGAGAAGUGAAGAAGGCCAAGAUCGAUCUUGUUGGACGGUGGCUUUCUGCUGCGAUGCAGAAGCAGAAUAGCAAUUCUUGUCCGGAGAUGGACAAUGACACUAAGAAGCUGGAGCUGGGUAUUGCUGCCGACGAUAAGAUCGUGCUGGCAGAUAAAGCCGAGUGUCCUACUCUGCAUGGUGUUGUGGGUGCGUAUAUGCGGAAAUGGCAGGGUCAGACGCAGACUUUGAAGAAGGGGAAAGGGAAGGGGUCUCGUACUUUGAAAAGUGGAUCUCUUUCUCCAUUGCCUGUAUCCCCACAAUCUGAGAUGGGGGAUGAGGUGGCUGCUAUUGAUCCGGGGAAACUCGAUGAUCUGGCGGAUUGUUUGUUGCAGGGUGUGACGUGGGUUGAAUGGCAGAUUAUGAGGGAGAGGAUUGCGAGUGAAGGGGUUACAGCGUUGGAUCCAAUGCCAUAG